AUGACUCACCAAGUUACUAUUAAUAGCCAAUAAAAUAAAAGGAUUUCAAUUAGUGAUAAGACUAUUUCAAACUAAAACUCUGAGAUAGACGAUAAUGAAUAGCUUAACCUUGAAGGCAAUGGAGAUGAUGAUGAAGUUAGUGAGAUACCUUAAUUCCCUCCCUACCUAAAUUUCCAAUCUAAUCCAGCUAAUAAGAGCGUUCCUUAGCAGGCUCAACUAAUAAAAAUAAAGGAAGACCAAAAAGAAGUAAUUGAUUAAAAUAAAAUAAAUUGCCUUGAUAAAAUUUAAUAGCAUCAAAAUGAUUCAGUUAUCCAAUUAAAAAGUUUAAUUAAAACUAAAUAAGAAGAACCUAAGUAUAUAGAACAAUAAAAAAAUACAACUAUCUUGCAAACUGAUAACCUUUCCAAUAAAAAUAAUUCUUAAUAAUCUUGUCAAAACCAAGAAAUUUAGGAUAAUCAAAUUCAAGAAACUAUAAUCAGCGAAAUACCUCAAUCGAAAUAAGAUAAUACAAACUAAAUUCCAGAUUUGAUUGAUCAUUUGAAGUAAAGUAUACAAAAUCAAAAUGUUAAUAUGAACCAAAUUUGUGAAUUUCCAACUGAUAAGAUUAUAAAUAAACGAAACAGGAAAUAGAUUCAAAAACUUCAGCAACAGUAUUCAAAGAAUUAAGCAAAUCUUCACCAAAAUGAUCAAAAUAAUUAAUACCCAAAGCCUACCAAACUUGGCAAAAAUUAGAGAGUGUGUUUUUAGCCUACCUAAUUGAUGGAAACUCAAUCUAAAUAGGCUACUUAAAAUUUAAGUGUACCUAUAAAUACAAAUUAAUUACUAAUUUAAAAUAACUUCGAAACAGCAUAGAAUAUAGUAUAAAUCCAAAACAACACGAAGGAAUUUUCACCUAGAUACUCUUCACAAGGGAUGCAAAAAGACCAUGCUUUAAAUGUACAAUAGAAGGCUGUGAUUUUAAACUAAUUUUCAACAAUAAUCUGGGCAAUCAAGGCUAGACUCAAGAUAGCUUUCUAUAGCACAAUCAUGAAAUUUACUCUCAUUUAUACGAUGAAGCACUCUAAGUGA